UUUUUAACUUUUCUUUCAUCUGCUUGUUUUUGCUGCGUUUUAGAUCUCGUCUUUCAUUACUUCGUUUUCCUCCGCCACCAGCCAGCGACUCCACCGCUUUUCCGCCCUCCGUACACUCAGAUUCGAAACACACUCGUUCGGUUAUCCGGGUCCCUUGUUUUCAUCUCUAAAAUCAGUCUUUUAUUUCUUUAAUUAUUGUUCACUUUUUAUUUAUUUUAAAAAUUGUGAUUUAAUAACAGUUAUGGGUUUCGUUUUAAAAAAUGUAUAUUAUCUUGUUUUUCUAGGGUUUUAAAUUUGGGCAUUUUGGUGUUUUUCAUCGACUCAAGGGGCAAUUGAGACAUUUCACCUGUUUUGUGCUUUUUCGUUGCUUCUUAGUAAGGACGAUUUGACGGUUCUACCCAAAACGAGAAGUGAAGAGAGAAAACAAUCGGUUUUCUCACUUGACGAUUUUACCCCUUAGUAAACGAUGAUUUAACGGGAUUAACCCCUCUGCUUACGUGGCAUAAAAAAUGAGUUAUCACCCACAUAGAGGUCUGACAACCGGAAUCUCGAGAAAGCGUAAAGAGAUAGAACCGUUUUGUUCGCUUAAACCGUCGAUUCCGGUCCAAUCAUCGGUCCAUACAGGUCCAAAUCCCCAGUCCUCUCCUAAUUGUUCGAACCGGCUUUUAGCAGGCUACAUGGCACAUGAGUACUUGACGAGGGGAACCUUAUUGGGUCAGAAAUUCGAUCCGGCUCGAUCAGAGGCAGUUCCGGUCUCGAUCGGUUCGCUGAGUGGAUCGAUAAAAUCAGUUACGCAGGAAACCGAACCGAAGAAUCUCAAGAAAGAGACCCAAAGCUACGAUGACGUGGCGAUAAUCUUGAAGGACGAUGGGACCCACAUUCCGGGAAUCGUUAACCCUACACAAUUGUCAAGGUGGGUAAAGAUGUGAAGAUUCACGAUGACGUGGAAACAAGUGAUUGGUUGU